UCUGUAGGCAGGGAGGCACUGAAGAGAGGAGAGUCCCAUUCACUCUCUCUCUCUCUCUCUCUCUCUCUCUCUCUCUCUCUCUCUCUCUCUCUCUCACACACACACACACACACACUCUCACUCAGAGACAGAAGUGAGUAAAGCGGUGUGCAGUGUGUCAGUGACUCUGGGAGCAGCAGCGCAGCUGUGGAGCGACUUUACAGGAACAGAGCGAUGCUUGUGUAAAGAGCUGCACUGUGUGUGUGUGUGUGUGUGUGUGUGUGUGUGGUUCUGCACUGAGCUUGUGUGUGAGUAACUCGUGUAAAGCUGAGUGAAGCUGAGCGGAGCGCCAUGCAGUGCCAAGCGGAGUUCCGGCUCGCCCAACCUGCGCAGCUCAAAGCGGCCCGCCGGCGCUACAAGACCUUCAUGAUCGAUGAGAUUCUGGCCAAGGAGACGUGCGAUUACUUAGAGAAGCUCUCUCUCUACUCUGUGUGUCCUUCCCUGGUGGUCCGACCCAAAGCCCUGCACUCCUGCUCCGGCCCAUCAUCAAUCAAUGCAUACCCCUUGCUGUCUGUUAUCACCCGUCAGCCCCCUAGUGGCCUGGCACACAUUCCCCAGCCCUCACCUCCUGGCCGGGUCACCCACCUGCCCAUAGUGUCACCCCAGCAUGCACUACCAGGUGAGCCGGUGCCCAGCGAGACGCCCGUCAGCAUCAGCAGCGAGUCAGAGACGGAGCACAGCGCCCCCCGGCUGAAGAAGCCACGUCGCAGUCGCACCAUCUUCACCGAGGUGCAGCUCAUGGGUCUGGAGAAGAAGUUUCAGAAGCAGAAGUACCUCUCCACUCCUGACAGAUUGGACCUGGCUCAGUCUCUUGGUCUCACCCAGCUCCAGGUCAAGACUUGGUACCAGAACAGACGCAUGAAAUGGAAGAAAAUGGUGCUAAAAGGAGGACACGAGGCCCCGACGAAGCCUAAAGGCAGACCCAAGAAGAACUCCAUCCCCACCACGGAGGAGAUUGAGGCAGAGGAACGACGGCUCGCCCAACUGGCUGAGGAAGAGGAACAGCUGAGAGGGGAAGUUCAAGCCAGGUUUCAGGAGCAAUUCAAAAAAGAAGUGUUUCAGUCACAACCACAAGACCUGAGCACAAGUGGGCAGAGUGAGAACCUCCAUUCCCUGAACCUGGAGGUCUCAGAUGGUGAACAAGUUCCUCAGUUAACACCAGAGAGCUAAAUUAGCGUCUACAUCAUGCCAAAGACUGAGAGUACCAAAAUUGCUUAGUGCCUCCGAUCACCAUAGCGCCAAAGACAUGAAAAGACAUUCGGUCUCAUUUAAGGAGUAGUGUUUCACUCUGUAAUGUUGCUUUACAUACUCCUGUGGCUCCUUUUGCAGUAUUUUAUGAUCACCCACGUGCAGCCAAAUGUACUUUGACUAAAUUCUCCUAAUGCAGGUACACCGUGUACCAAACGGACAAACAGUAAGUGUUUAUGUUUUAUUUUUCCUGAGCGAUUUGCUCUCCUACACCAUAAUGGCUGCCUAUUUUAUUGCCUGUGUUGUUUGUGUCGUCUGUGUACACCUGUCUCCCACUCUCUGCCAAAGAUCAUAUAUCUGAAAUAUUGAAAUACCCUUAGAGGUAAUAGUGCCUUUUUUAUUGUCACAUUCAAACACUUUUUUUUUCCCAUUAAGUGCCAGAAAUGAGAAAAAAAAAACAACCACAAGUGUACACUUGUACAGGAGGGUUUUUUGUUUGUUUGUUUUAAUUUUUUAUGAUUAGAUAUGACUUUGUACAGGAAGCUUUGCAAAGGGGGUGGGGGAUUAAUAAAAAUAAUUUAGGGUUUAAUUAAUACUAUAAAAUGUCUCAUCUCAUCUCAUUAUCUGUAGCUGCUUUAUCCUGUUCUACAGGGUCGCAGGCAAGCUGGAGCCUAUCCCAGCUGACUACGGGCGAAAGGUGGGGUACACCCUGGACAAGUCGCCAGGUCAUCACAGGGCUGACACAUAGACACAGACAACCAUUCACACCUACGGUCAAUUUAGAGUCACCAGUUAACCUAACCUGCAUGUCGUUGGACUGUGGGGGAAACCGGAGCACCCGGAGGAAACCCACGGCGAGAACAUGCAAACUCCGCACAGAAAGGCCCUCACCAGCCACGGGGCUCGAACCCGGACCUUCUUGCUGUGAGGCAACAGCGCUAACCACUACACCACCGUGCCACUGGAUUAUUAUUAUUAUCAUCGUCAUCUUGCAUAUUCCAAAGCACAUUUUCUCUAUUGGAAAGCUAAAAUCUGUUUGGUUUUUGAAAAAGCUUUAUGUAAUUUCAGGACUUUUUUUUUAUAUACAUGAAAACCUUAUUAUUUUUUUUUCUUUUUGUAAAAUAAUAAUAAUAAAUAAAUAAAUAAAUAAAUAAAUAUAAACAGGAUUUCUUUUUUUUUAAUUUUUUUAUACAAAGCCAAAAUAAUUUUAUGUAAUUUCAGGACAUUUAAGUGGAUGACAAGCUACCGAAACACAACAUUUGAAUAUUUUAAAAAGGUGAAAAUGAUCAAAUUAUUCUUCCCUCCUUUCUUCCUUUCCUUUAAUUAAAAAAAGGAUUUCUUUCUUUCUAAAACUAAAACCAUGGCCUUGUUUUUUUAAAAGUUGAUCUAAUUUCAGGACCUUUAUACACAAGAGAAAUUAUAUUUGAAUAAUUGAUGCUUUGUAUUUAUUUUGUUUGUAGGAAUCAAGCUUUGUUUAAACUGUAUACAACCCUGCAGAAAUGACAUACUCACAUACAAUAUCUGGGAUGAUCGUAUGGACAGUGUAAAGUAUUGCUUUCAUGUUUUUUUUUUUUUUUCCCCGUGUUAAUAUGUUGUGGAGCUGAGACGGGACGGCCAUUUGAAGCAGCCUGGCUUUUACGCCUUAAAUAAAUCCUCUUUACCUGUCAGGGACAUGGGCAACUUCAUAAAUCAGUGUGGCAGCCGGUAAAACGAGGAAACUGACAAAUGUGAGUGUGUGCAGGAGGCAGUGUGGCCCGAGGCAGAGGCGCACACACCUCCACCCUGCUGACUGACAAUCAACUAGACUGAGAUCUCUGCAGCAUGCUUCCAGUUCCUGGCUCAUUUCUGCCUGAUGUACAAAAAAAAAAAAGGAAAAAAAAGUAUAUAUACUUUAAUAUAUAUAUUAAAGCUCAUGCUGUUAUUACUUUCUUUUUUUUUUACAGUUUGAAAAAAUAUCCAUUAAUAUACCGUGAAAUAUAGAUUGAUCGAAAAUCUAGAAGUGUUUCUGCAUAAGCAACUGAUUUACUUUUCAUUUUUGGGAAAGUCGACUAUAAAUAUUUGUUAACAGUUAGAUUUUUUUUUCCCAUCUCACCCAAUCUGUAAUUUCUGCCUACUUGAGUGUGUGUGUGUUUUUUUUCAUAUUUAAUAACAUUUAAUAAAGAAAAUAAUCAGUUACUGUA